AUGGAGAGGGUGGACAAGCGUCCGCGACCUGCAGUUUGUCGGGGGUUCUUCCGAGGUCGGGCCCCGGGGCCCCAUCGGGUUGCCUUGCCCCGGGUAUUUUUUAUUAGCAAGCCUGCUAGUAUUGGAGUAUUAGUAUUAGUAUUAGUAUUAGUAUUAGUAUUAGUAUUAGUAUUAGUAUUAGUAUUAGUAUUAGUAUUAGUAUUAGUAUUAGUAUUAGUAUUAGUAUUAGUAUUAGUAUUAGUAUUAGUAUUAGUAUUAGUAUUAGUAUUAGUAUUAGUAUUAGUAUUAGUAUUAGUAUUAGUAUUAGUAUUAGUAUUAGUAUUAGUAUUAGUAUUAGUAUUAGUAUUAGUAUUAGUAUUAGUAUUAGUAUUAGUAUUAGUAUUAGUAUUAGUAUUAGUAUUAGUAUUAGUAUUAGUAUUAGUAUUAGUAUUAGUAUUAGUAUUAGUAUUAGUAUUAGUAUUAGUAUUAGUAUUAGUAUUAGUAUUAGUAUUAGUAUUAGUAUUAAAAAAACUUGUAACUAUUAGCAAGGCUGCUGCUCAUGCAACCCUUGGAAGCUUCUUUGGUCUUACAUCCCAACGAGGAAAGAUCGAAGCAUAA